GGGGGAGAUUUCAGUGCAGGUGUCCUUCGUGUGUGUGUGUGUGUGUAUGUGUGUGUUUUUUCUUCUUCUUCUUCUCCCUGACAUCUCGGAGACAAGACCGUAAGUAGCCUAAGACUGUUGAGGAGGAAUCAGAGCUGAUCAAAUAAUAAAUGUGUGAUCUGCCAUGAAAUCCGAAAAGAGCAGCAGCGGUGGGGAUGAUAUGCCCGUCUGGAUGAGAGAGACCCCCGCUGGGUGAAGACACGCAACGUAUGUUAGCUGAGCCGUGAAAGCUCGCUGCCAUUGACUGGAUGUGAGGCUGAAACGGGAGCAAAACGAUGGAAACCGAGCGCAGGAGAGUGAGCAUCCUCCGGCAAAACAUCGCUCCACUGACCAUUUCGAGGUAUUAUACAUCAUUUACAGAUUAGUAGCCCGCGAUAUUUGCCACUGUCUGGACAGAUUCGCAGUCGAUGCUGUCAUAUUGUCGCCAGACAAAUGUCCAUUUUUUCACUCUGCAGAUGUGAGCUGCAGGAGGAAUAUGGCCUGUGAAACGUUCACGGAUUAAUCACUGAUCACGAUGAGCGGUGAAUCAGUGUUGAUCAUCUCCAGCAUUACAAUCUACCUAAGGAUGAGUCUUACUGGACUGUUUUGGCGUGUAAUGGAUCAUAUGUCAUGUUAGAUGAGAUGCAUAUAAGCAUCAUUUGGGGAUGUAUGUUGAAUUUUGCACCUGAAAUCCACUGAAGCCACACCAGUUUAUUGUUCUGGCAUACUGAAAAGCAAACAAUCCCUGAGCUGGUUUUCCCUCCUAUCAUUCUGCUGAUGAAGAUGGGACUAACUUGACUUUUAAGUCUGCUGGAUGUGAAGCCACACAUGCACUCACUGGCCCUGCUGUCCGACAAACAAUGCCAAGCUCCCAGGCGCCCAGCAUGGGCACAAAUUUCACAGAUGUUCCCUGGGAGCCUGGUCUCACCGGCUCCAGUGAAGACCCAGCCUGGUCCUCCACUGCUAACAGUGUGGUGAAGAUGGUGCUCAUAUCUCUAAUUGUAUGCGUGUCUUUGUUUGGGAAUGUGGUGGUUCUGCUGGUGUUUCAGAGGAAGCCUCAGCUCCUUCAUGUUGCCAACCGUUUUGUCCUCAACCUCCUCUUGGCAGACCUACUUCAGACUAUAUUAGUUAUGCCCUUUGCCAUUGCAGCCACCGUACCGGGUGUAUGGCCCCUGGAUGCCCGACUGUGCCAGGCUCUGGUGGUACUCAUGCAUCUUUUUGCAUUUGCUGGAGUUAACACUAUUAUAGUUGUUUCUGUGGAUCGCUACCUGGCCAUCAUCCACCCACUGUCAUAUCCCACCCGUAUGACCCCUCACCUGGGCACCAACCUUAUCAUCUGUACCUGGGUGCUCAGUUUCCUUCAGAGCACACCUCCGCUCUAUGGCUGGGGAGCCAUUGACUUUGACCACCAUCACAACGUGUGCUCAGUGGUGUGGUCCUCUAGCCUGUCCUACUCUGUUGUGGUAUCCACCUUUUCCUUCUGGCUGCCACUGCUCAUCAUGUUUGGAUGUUACUGGAUGGUGUUCAGAGCAGCUCGGAGGCAAAACGCACUUGUGCACCCCAUACAGACACAAUCUUACUCCCAGCCCUGCUCGCAGGACUUUCAGGGACCUAGCAGUCCUCAGCGGCAGCCCCAGCCCCAGCAGGCCAGUUCACCUGAUGGCCCCUACUCUGCCAGGGGGUACCCUGUUCGAGUUAGACACAGACGCUUUCACUACCACUGCAAGGCAGCUCGUGUAGUUUUCGUGAUCAUGGCUUCAUAUAUCCUCAGCAUGGGGCCCUACAGCAUACUGAAUACUAUAUCUAUGAGUGCCAGAGCAGCUGUACCGCCUUGGCUGUCCUCCCUUGCCCUUGUGCUCUUCUUUUUGCAGUGCUGCCUCCACCCGUACAUUUACGGUUACAUGCACCGAAGUGUGAGGAAAGAAUUCCUUGCUUUGCUCUGUGGACUGUUCUGCAAACAGGGUCGUCCCAGUCAGAGCUCUGCUGUGGAAACCUGCUUCACAACUACAGAGGGACGUUUCGGUGCCCACUCUCACCUGCCUAGCCUGACUGCUCGAGUCUUCCCUCUGCAGACUUGGGAAGAGUGCACAACAUCCUCCUCUCCCACUUGUGAGAGGAAGUCAAGGGACAGUCGUAAAGAGACCACCUCUACCAGCAUCAGCUCUGAGAGGGAGCUCACAGUUCACAGCAAACGAAGCACAUAAACUGCCUUGAGGAUUCAUUGGAGAGACCAUAUUUGCUCUUACUGGAAGAGCUUGUCAUAACAGUAGGUUCACACAUAAGCUCAUAUGCCUUAUGUCAACAGGGUUAUUCAUUCUGAAGUCGCUGGCAUUAGCAUUAGUGUUAUUACCAACUUGACCACCAACAUUUACUUUUUUUGGUUAUAAGCUUGAUUAAAUGAUUAACUUGAGGUUGAAUAUAUCUCUUUUAAUAAUGACGUAGUCUAUUCAUUGGCACAUUAUGAAUGUGUACUGUAAUAUACUGUCUCUGUGACAGAAAUCAAUCGGUUAUUACUUUAGUUCUUUCCACUUUAUUUCCACUUUUUGUUUGGGGUUUUUAUAUGUAAAUGACGUUUUAAGAGUUACCACAUGUGUACUAGUUAGAUAAAAUUGGUAUUUAAAUCAAUCUAAAUUGUACAUCUUUGCCCACACAUCUGUUAUAAAUGCCACUGGGUCUUUUUUUUUAUUAACCUUGACUUGCUGUGUCAGGAUAGAAAUGAUUUUGUGGUUGGUUUUCUGACCACUUUGCUUUAAUUAUGGACCAUAGGUGACUCUGAUAAGCUUUAUUGAUCUGCAGUAUCUGCACAACUAUUCUAUAUCCUUUAAAUUUUUGGUGUGUUGUAUUCUCUGUGAUCUUGCCUGAGGGCACGGGAUGUUCCUGUCCUUGUGUUGACGCGAGCAAGCUUUGCCUGCAACUAAUGAACUCAGGGUAUGCCUGUGAAAGGAUUUGUAGUGUCGAUCCCUGAACUUGAAUCUUGGUGAGCAAGUGAACGUGUGUGUUAACGUCCCUGUCGCCGUAACUGUUCUUAGUCUCAAAGCACCUUUUGAGUAAAUAAGUAGAAUAGUGAUUUAUUGUAUUUGCCACUUACAGAACACAUAAGAGUUGGCCACUCCAGGAAGGGGUGGUCAUGUUGUCUUAACCUCUUUGUUUCCUUGUAAACUCUAGUUUACCUGAGAUAGAAACAUGCAGUAGUGUGACACUGUAUAUUUGGACUUUAAUGUCAGCCUUUUUUUUUUUGAGGAAGCACAGUAGUUUUGUUGAAAAAAUACAGUGCAUACAGAGCAGGGUAUGAUAAAAAAAAAAAAGAAGGAGCUAACUUCAGUGCACAACUUGCACCAGUUAUUUAAUGUAGGCUGCAUGCCGUAAGAUCGUAAUAAAUUUUUUAUUGUCAACUGAAUACGUGUAGAUUUGUAAAAAAUACCUCCUGUUUAAAGCCACGGUGAGGAUGAGUACUUACCUAAGUGUUUUAUGCUCGCAAUGACUCUCAAAGAAAGGCAACCCACUUAUGAUGGGCUGCCAAAGGAUGUCAUAGGUGCAUCUCGACAUUAUGUGCAUUAUUUGAAAAGUGUGUCUAGUCUCUAUUUUGUCAUGAUUUUGUAACGUUCCUGAAAAAAGAAA